CAGCACGUCUACAAGUAAACACCGCUUUGUACACAAGAAUCAUUGCAAAUUCGCUGUUCUUCAUCAAAAAGAAUUCCUCUAUACGGCAAAAUAGAAGGUUGUUUCGAGCUCUACUCGAUCACUAUGAAAACGAUAGCUAUUCUCUCGGUUUUCUUGAUGACUCAGUUAAGCGACAAUUAUCAAACAUUAGCAGUGCUUUUCAAGGUUCACAGAACGGUACAAAACGGUGCAGAUUCCUUCGAGAUUCCUUCUUCUUUGUGCCCACAUAACAACGAGUAUGAUUGCAACGCCUUUAAUGCGGAAGCUAUCACUCAGAGCUGCAACUGUUCCUGUCUUUUAAAGGAGGCCACAUUCAAGCCGUUUGAAACGCAAUGGUCGUGCUAUGAGAACAAUGAUGUAAGGAUGAAUCUACAAUCUCAACAACACAGCAAACCUGGUGAAAAAGGUACACGUUUUUUUUUUGUUAACAAGUUCACAACCAAGUAUGUUGGGUCGUAAUGACGGAGAAACUAGCUGCAGACCGCAAAACGCUUUUUUACGCUAGGCACCAAGGACUCUCGCCCUUUCCUCUCUAUUCUAUAAUUUCUCGCUUCUCUGAUUUAUGAUUCUACUUACAUAUAGUAUACCACUGUACAUGCUUAAUAUAAACGAAUGGCUAAAUCAUUUAGAACUACCAAAAUACUCCAUACCCGUGAAUUUCUACACCAGCCAGAGUUGUACUACGUCAUUUUUAAGAAAAACCCUGGAGAAAGAUCUUCAUUUUUAAACUGUACCUGUUGAUGUGACUGAUAUCCAGCCUUUCUCAUAAAGUUUGACCCAGAGAAGUUAGUACAUUUAAAAUGACUUGUUCUCCACGCCCCAUCAGUUUAAAAAUCGCGAGGGACGAGCUGAUAACCAACCGAAACUAAACAAAUAAAUAUAAUACUUUCUUUAGUUAAUACUUGCAAUAUGUCAUGCCCUGUAUGCUCUGAUGUACUUUUUCUGCUUAGGUAAACAUUCUGACACAUUUCUAUUUUCCAUUAUAUCGUUCGUAAAUUUUCACCAUAGAUCAAGAUAUCCGAUAAAAAGAACGAAAUGAUUACUUACACGUUGUACCAGGAGAAAUUUCUGUUUUGUUUCGUUCCGUUUUGUUUGUUUUUGUUUUUGUUUUUUAGUUUGUCUUGUCUUUUCUCCUUUUAAUUCUUCUCUUCUUUCAAAAUUGGAGUGCUUUUGGUUACCAACGUUCAAAUUCAAUGAUUCUAUCUUUACGGAUUUAAUUUUGCCAGCGACCAAAGCAAGAGUACUCGUCCAGUUCGAAAAAAAUGUUUAUGGACGCAUGAAAUUACAUGCUACUUGUCUACUGACGGAAAAAUUGAAUAUAUUGACUGAAAAAAAAUUGUAGAACAUCUUGAUGUUGGGAAAGAGAGUCUGAAGAUUAUUGUCUCAAUCGUCCUUGAUUAUGCGUCCUCGUUCCCUCUUUGGUAAUUAAAAUAAGGUUAAUAAAUGCCAUAACUAACAAAGAGUUAUUCAAAAUCAUCACCAAACGUGUUAACUAUGUAGCUGCAGUUUUGAAACUCACACGACUGACAUCCUUACUGUAAAGAGAACAAUAUUUCAAUAAGAAAAGCACUUAAACAAAAGAACUUGAGGCGACUUGAAGGCAACUUAUCAUUGAUUUAUCAAAUCAUAUAUAUUUUGCGAUGUAUAUUACACACUUUCAGAAGUAAAGUAAAUGGUUUUAAAAAUAUUUUUAACACACGUAAAGGAACUAUCUGGGUCAUGAAAUGGCGGGAAAAAGAAAAUACCAUUAUUAUCAUGAGAAAUCCCGAUGGCUGUGCUGCACAUUAUACUUGUAAUUUCAGACGUCACUAUAUAACAUUAUCUGCACGUGCACAGAAACACGAGCCAAUAAAACCUUAUCAAUAUUUCGAAAAGAACAAAAAUAUAAAGCAAUAAGUAAAGGUAUGAAAUGAAUGGAUAAAUAUGUAGAUUUUAAAAUCCAAUUAUUCUGAAAUUCAGGGAUUUCCGAGGAUGAAAAAAAUUUGUCUUUGAGCUUCAAUUGUUGCUUUCCAGUCUAACUUUAAUAUAUUGACAUCAUAGGCAUAGAAACCGCAUAAGAUUGGCCACUAAAGGCAAGUCAUAUUCCUCACAUGAAAUUGUUCUCUUUUCGAUUAUAGGUUGUACACAAGCUAUGAGAACAAUGUUCAUCGACGAGUCUUUAAAUUCAAGUUUGCGCAUAUUAAACAUCGGUGACGAGAAGGAAAUUUCUUUACCUAACAACUGGGAUAGAUGCACGUUAAACAGGGCAUACACUUGGUAUUCCGAGUGUGAUGAUUCACGACUUUCUUUAGCGCAGAAACUCGAUGUGAUAGACAAUCUAUUUAAACUGGAAAGUGGACGACAAAAUUACAUUUUACAGGUAAGAAACCAGUUUUGUUCUAAGCGCCCAAGGACGUCGCUCAGACAGGAGGGGAGGGGUUAUCCCAAAGGAGGAGGGUAGAGGGUGUCCCAAAGGGGCAUGCGACCUUCUUUUGUUAAGGGCGACAAUAAAAGAACCAUAUGAGAUAUCUCAAUAUAAUAAUGAGGAAAUAAUGAGGAUCACAAACCACAACAAGGAAAUGGAGGACCUGCCCACGCCCCUCUUUCAGACGAAGAUCACUGACCUGCUCUAAUGUUAGCAUGAAUGACUUUUUAAUUUCUACUGAACCUCGGACACAUGCCGGCAACCAGUUUAGAUAAAUUAAAAAAGAAGGGAGGAAAAAAGCUUUCAGAAGAAAGCUUUCAAAAUGUCGCCAAUGAUCACUAUGAAAUAAUAUAACGCUGUACUGUUGUAUAAAUAUGAUUUUUCACCCCAACAGGUUGAAAAAAAUGUUUUCGACUCACACUUACUGAGGGGGCACAUUAUCAAUUUGGGUAUUCAGUGUGCGAGUACAAGUGCAACACAAAACCGAAAUGGCUGCUUGUUGUUUAAGAUGGAAGGAAGUAUCAUAUGUAAGUAAAAGCCCAGAUCAAAUCCGUGCUUAACCAAACCACCAUUAUAUCAAAGUUGAUCAUUAUGUUGAUUCUAAGGUUUAUAGAGGGAGGGGUGGGGAGGUUUGAAGGACGAGAGGGGGACACAAGGAAGGGCAGAUAGCUGUACCCGGCGCUUUUUGUAAAAUCAUGAUGGAACUGAAGUUGAGCCUUUUAAUUUUAAAAUCUCGAUAGAAAUGCUACCUGUAGUCCACCAUAGAUAUCUUCGAAUGUUAGUUCUGAGAAUUUGUUACUCCCAGGAAUGGUGUAUAGUGUAGUAGAGAGCGGAAAGAGAGUGCUUAAAAUUUCCAUAUGUGAUCAAUUUAACCGCAUUGGAUUAGUUAAUCAUCGGAAAUUUUUUGAAAUCUCACAAAGAGGGGUGAGCCAAAAAUACCUCACAUACGACGGAUUCGCUUUCAUAGGAACCAUUGUCUUCGCUUCUUAUCUCUGAAGCAAGGCUCAUUUUUUUGAGUAACUGAUUCACAGUAAGUAAGUUACUUUAAGAAAAAUUGGCUAAAAAUAAUUAUCUAAUCAUCAACGUUGUUUUGAUGUGAUUUUUAUUACGAUCGUACCAGGCGACGUCACCAAUACUUCUAAACCGCCACUACGGAAAGUCCCUUCCACAUCACCAGAUAUGAUUUCAUCGACGCCGAAAACCACCACAAUUCCUAAAACGGAUGGGCACCAAGAAACUGCCACCCUUCAGGCAAGUACAACACUCGAAAUCUCGUCAUCUCCUACGCGACAGGACGUCGCACUUCAAGUAAGGAUAAUGAGCCGGCAUGGGAAAUUCAUUGAAAGAGGGUUUUUCAAUAAAAGCUCUCUUGAUAAAGUUACUCAAAGUUCUUAUUAUCUCCGAAACUGUGACUAUUGGACUUAUUAUGUUGUUUAUCGAUUACACAGAAAAGACUUCACAUCCCUUUCGAAUUUACGCUCUCUUUCAUUAUACUGUCUAGCUACUAGUGAUGACAAAUCUUUAAAAAGGUGAACAUUCUGGUCUCAUUCUCAGAGUACUACUUCGCGCUCCCAUCCAGAUGACGCUGGACGAAGCACAGGUCACAACAGUCAGCAAAACGCUGUUUGGAUCAUCAUAAGUGUCUCAGUAUCUUCUAUGGUCCUUGUCAUCAUUAUGGCUUUCGUCGUAUGUCGACGCAGUCUAAGUUCCAAGUAAGUACACAACUCUUGAAAUGCGUUCGCUAAUCCGUCAUUCUGCUAUAUUAAUAAGGCUUUUAAGGUCCGCUCUUUUUAAUUCGUCUGUUGGGGGUACUUAGGGAAAAAAAAUUAUGGGCAACUAAAGGGCACGCCAUCUUCACUUAACGUGUGUACAUUGUGGAGGCUUGCUUACGCUAUCAAAUUGUGCAACAAGUUUCUCAAUGGCUUAAUGAUAAUUACAUUCUGUUCUCAGAAACAUAGGCCACAUGGGAACAGUUGAAGGAAGGGAAUCACAGGUAAUCUAAUAUUAACGCUUCAUCAGCUAGCACCUGUUAUAAAGUUGUUCAAAAAAAUCGCUUGCGAGGCGCUCGUAUUCUUUCAUUUUUAUGAGUGAUUUGUUUUGUAACCAUUGCGGACCCACUUUUUGUUCUUGGGUGAAAAACCGCUGUCUUACUUUCACAUUUUCCUUAUUAAUCAACGUCAUUAAGGAAGGUCUCAUGGGUGUGUAUUACUUUCCACCAGAUCUUCUGUUACAUAUAUUACAUCAUCAUACGGUGUUAAACAAGGAUUUCCAGCCCUGAGAAAAGCCUUAACAGCACACGUGAAAAACAUACGAUAUUUUUUACGCGUGUUUGAUAUCGCCAAUCAGCUGCUGACACGUCACUCGCCUUUCGCGCCACUCGGUCAGGUUGAUGAAUGAACGGCAAAGCCUUCACCAUUCUCAAUCCAUGGUCCUUUGUCGGAAUCUGUUCGGAUUAUGGCUACUAAAACACGGAAAAAUUCGUAUCGCUUACAUACAGUGACGUUCAAACUUUCCUAAAUAGGGAAGAAAACCAAAUUACGAAAAGAAAAACCGAUAAUUACGUAUUUAGUGGCUUUGGUGAUGGCGUUUCUCGCGGCUGAGAACGAAAAUCAACUACUUAAAGAUUUAACGGUGAGGACCAAUUCAAUAACUGAAAAUUAGGCCCAUGGUUUAUUUUUGUAGUGACUCAACACAUGUCAGUCAGCUUGAGUGCGCCAACGCACUUUUUAAUUCGAGUGUCGAUCCUUUUAUUUUCAUCCAGUAACAAAGUGGACUUUUCUUGUCAGUAAGGGCUGCUGUGUUUAUAUGAUAAACACAAUAAUUCAUGGUUGGUUUUUGAUAUGAAAUUUUUCUUCUCGUGUUCAAUUCGACAUCUCAUCACUCGUUCACUGCGCUCAUCGUGAUCCAUCGAGUUAAGCACUCGACGAGAAAUUCCAUAUCUACCCGGCUCGGGCUCGCCCCCCUCCCCUGUGAAGCGUCAUCAGGUAGAACCUAAAUUUUGCAAAACGCUGGUUAACCUGUGAUGUUGCGGUGCAUUCCACUGUGGUAUUUAUGAGCAACAUCAUGUUGUUUACAUAUUCUCUUCUUGCUUAGUUUCGUUUCGAUAUUUGUUUUUUUUUCAAACCUGCAUCGAUGAUGAAAAUAACUUUUCAUUCCCUUGAGUUUCAGGUUCCAGAAGUCAUCCAUUCGCAUACAAACGCAGAGUUUCCCGAGGAAGAACCGAAUGGUUACUUUUCACUCACUUUCAGAGAGCCUUGUAAGUUUAAUUUCUUUCAUUAGCUCCAUGGUAAAAUUAAUUCACAGAAGAACAAUAUGGGGCCGGAAUUUGUUAAAAAUUUAAAAAAAUCUCAAGACAUUCGCACAGAGAUGUCUUUAAUAUUUCAGUUGAUCAUACUUAAGUCAUGACUCUUCCACGAUUUCUCAAAACGUUCAUCAGGAAUACAUGACUAACACUUCUGAACAAUUUUAAAGUGAAAUAACUUGAUCAGUAAAAAUAAUCUAUGAUUCUUUUGAACAAAUGACCGACUCUUCGCCAUAUCUAAAAGUAUUACUGUGCCUAAAAAUAAUAAUCAUAUCCUCCCUUGCCUAUGACACCCACGAACACUUGAACUUAUUUCUGUUGCCAAGAUAUUCAAUAUUGUCAAGUUUUCAGUCAUAUUUGUCUCUGCAGCAUCGAUGGAUAUAUGAGCAAUAGAUUGCUGCGCUAGAAACUAACAAAGUGUAUUGAAAGUGUAGUGGAUGACACUCAGUAAUGAGUUAUAUUUAUCGAGAGAUAAAACGUUUGGUAUUUUUUCUCAGCUAUUUAUACUUCGACAUAUCAAGUACCAGUGGACCGGAGAACCUCAUUCAACGAGAUAAGCAAUCCCUUGGGGCAAACCUUUGAAGAUGAACAAAUGCACGAUCCAUUCCCCUUCCCUCAGAGACACAACUUUAAAAGCUUUAAUCAAACCCCCCAGAUUCCAGCGUUUGUAAAGAAGCAGGCAGAACUUUGGGACAGAACCUUGAAACAAACCUUUGAAGAUGAACACAUGCACGAUUCAUUCCCUGUCUCUCAGAGACCCAACUUUCAAAGCUUCAAACAAAACCCCCAGAUUACAGCGUCUGUGAAAAAGCAGACAAAAACUUGGGCCAGAACCUUGGGACAAAACUUAGAAGAAGAACAAGUGCACGAUCGACUAAACGUUCCUCAGAGACAAAAAUUUCAGAGCUUUAAACAUAACCCCCAGAUUCCAGAAUCUGUGAAGAAGCAUGCUAAAAACGAAACAAUAAGGUUCCUUCAAGAGUAUGGUCCGCUAAGUAUUGAACAACUUGUAUACAAUAUCGUGGAGGAAAUAUUGAUUGGGGGCCAGGAGACGACGGACGUAGACGAGGACCAAAAUGAAAACGAUCCAGUGUACCAAGUUAUAGAGGAGUUUUGUGGUGAGCCACCACAGGAGACCACUCAACAUGAUGAUGCAAUAAGUGUGACCCGGGAUCCAGUUUACAGCAUUUUGGAGGAGACUGUUUCUAAUAAGGAGAGCCAAAAGAAUCCUGAAAUUUCUGAUUGUUAAUUAGAUGAAGCGUCAAAGAAGAAAAAGAGGAUACAUUUACAAGAUGUCGAGAAUGAUUUACAUUGAAGACUAUUAAGCACAAAAGAUGCACGUAUUGUCCUGACAAGAUGCUUAACAUAAAAUACGAGUUGCGAUAGGUAGCUUUACAGAAUUCGUUUUGCUUUUGGAGAGCUGAGGACUUGACUAAUUGUUCAAGCGGUGUAGCUGACUACAUAAAAUUGUUUUCGAGUUUGCACAGCCUUACAACAAAGCAAGGUUUCACGCCAAGUAAGGUCAUAUCAAGCAUGCGCUGUAUUUAGUAUCCACUAAACCGCAUGCAAACAGUUGAGCUUGUUAACAAAUACAUUUUUUCGGGGAGGGCCUGACAAAAACCAACCCAAAUCACUUUACGAUAUUAAAAAGUUCGCAAGACCUUAAGCUUGUGUGAACUAGGGAAAGUAAAUUAUUAAGAGUACACUUCGACCGUUCUUCCUAGAGGUAUAACACGCUACCACGGUCAUCUGCGUGAUGCCCGUGCAAAACUUGCCGUUACUUGCACAAUCUUUCCGUUCGACUGCCAGUUAAGCUAGGAAAUCCACUACUGUGAACUAAAAUCUUAAAAUAUGAAUUAAAGUACGUGUAC